CCAAAUUUUUGACAUGUAAGUUAUUUUUAAAUUCACCGAUUGUUUUAGUUUACAAACAGGGAAAAAAGUGUAGCGAAAGGUCGCGUAAAAUGUCUGCGCUCGAACAGCUGAAGAAGGUGACGACUGUGGUCGCCGACACGGGCGACUUUGAGUCGAUCAAUGCCUACAAGCCCACAGAUGCAACAACGAAUCCAUCGUUGAUACUCAACGCCUCAACCAUGGAUCGGUACAAGAAUCUGGUGCUGCAUGCGGUUGAGUAUGGCAAAAAUGUGGACGGAUCGCAGGAGCGUAAAGUGGCGGAGGCCAUGGACUAUUUGUCCGUUCUGUUUGGCUGUGAGAUAUUGAAAAUAGUGCCUGGUAGGGUAUCCACUGAGGUGGAUGCCCGGCUAUCGUUUGAUACGGCGCAGAGCGUGGACAAGGCACUGAAACUGAUUUGUUUGUAUAAGACCUUUGGCAUCCGUAAGGAACGCAUUCUCAUCAAGCUGGCCGCUACAUGGGAGGGCAUUAGGGCGGCUGAGAUCCUGGAGAAGGAGCAUUACGUUAGCUGCAAUCUGACGCUGAUUUUCUCCCUGGCCCAGGCAGCGGCCUGUGCCGAGGCUGGAGUAACACUGGUCUCUCCAUUUGUGGGCCGCAUUCUGGACUGGCACAUAGCGAACACGGGCACUAAGAAAUUCGAGCCCGAUGACGAUCCGGGUGUCAUAUCAUUGCGACAGAUUUACAACUAUUAUAAGAAAUUUGACUACAAGACGCAGAUAAUGGGCGCAUCGUUUCGAAAUACGGGCGAAAUCAAAGCAUUGGCUGGCUGUGAUCUACUAACCAUUAGCCCAGCCUUGCUUCAGGAACUGGAGCAUGAUCAGAGCGAGCUGCCCCUUCAGCUAUGUGAGGAGGCUGCCAAGCAAGCGGAUGUCAAGAAACUCUGUGUGUACGAGAACCGAUUCAGAUGGCUAAUGAACGAGAAUGCCAUGGCCACAGACCUAUUAGCCACGGGCAUACGAAAGUUUUCAGCGGAUACGGUAAAGCUAGAGAAGCUAAUAACAUCUCUAUUCUGACCUAACGAAAUUUCACUUAUUUGACGAAAUCUACAAGUCUAAAUAUUUUGUAAUACCCAUUAAAUUAUUCAGUCAUAAAUAAAGCCUCUCUUCACCUCUAAUCUCA